CACCGCGCAUGCGCGGAGUGCCGCUGACGAAGACUCGGGCGGGGCGGCCGUUGUGCGAGUUCGCAGUUAGUGUCACGCGGCAAGAGCCGAUAUCUCCAAACAAUGCCUACGCUACAGGACAUAGUAACUGCAAUGGCAUCUGGUCAUGAAGGGUCUACUGCUCUGGAAUACAAUAAAGGAUCACACUCUACAGGAGAGGGGGACCGGUACGAGGAGCGCAUGCUGGCCCUGGUCUUCCUCCGCUGCCUGCGGUAUGGGCUACACUUCCAGUUGUGUGCCAACAAUGGCGAUGCCGGGAAGUUCGAUGACGUGGUGUUGGUAUGGCGACCUGAGGGACAAAAUGAGGUGAACACCCUGCUCGUCCAGCUCAAGCACAAGACCUCCCCGACGGCCAUGACCGUACACAGUGGCGCGUGGCUGUCAGAGGCCACGAAAUGCGACUUCGGGCUCAGCAUGUACUGCACCUCCUACAGAGAAAUUAGCGAGACACUGGAUACGAACAGAGCCACAUUCGCCUUGUUGACGAACGCCUGUCUGGGCGACAGUAGCCUCGACAUACUUGAGCGCCAGUAUGUGGGCACCUUCCCAGGUCUGGAGCUGCUAGAGGCUGGUGGCCACCUGUACAAGCUCAAACCGAACAACGAACAGGUUUGGAAGGCAGUCCAUGAGGACAUCAGCUUUGUGGAGAAUUUUUACCUGCUGUGCCAGCAGAGCAGUUCUAAUAACAUUGUAGGCGACAUUUGCAAGGAGCUGGAAGAAUUGCUGGGCGCCGGUGACCUAUGCGAAACCUUGUGUGACAGCUUGUGCAAGAGCAUCAGGGACUGGAUGAACAACCAAAGUGCGUGUUUGACGAGUGCUUGGAGCACAUGGCAGGCACUCGUGGACGAAUACGUCAGGAAGGAGGUGACCGAGUGCAGAGCAGUGACCACCAGACUCGAGUACUGCAAUGUGGAAAAUGUACGGAGCUACGUGGAGUCGUGUAACCCAGCGUGGUUGAGGCCUCCAGGAAGGCAAAUGGCAGCUCUCUCUGCUACGAAGAUUCACCAGGCACUGGCUAAUGAAACGCACAUCAUGGUGGCUGUGGACCGAUUCAGAGUGCUGCGCCACCGGAUUCUCCGCUGUUGGGGACCGUACUGUCGAUGGCUGGUGAUUGUAGAUGAUGAGACUGAAGAUAGCUCUGCGAUUCUGGAUGAGCUUACGAACGAGAUGCAAAGUGAACACCGAAGUCAUCGCCGCUUCGUCGUUGUGUCGUGGAGGGGCAGCCACUGCUUCAGCGACACUUGCCGCACAGCCGACAUCAGCGGCGACAGCUGGAACGACUUCCUGAACAUUAGUGUCGCGUUAAACGGGGACCGCUACGGAUGCCGCCUGCAGGACCUGGUGGCGGACGUCGACGCCCUCCAGUCACUGCUGGACGGUGAGCCGGCACUCUUGCUGGCUCUAGCACAGCUGUCACAGCCUCUGAGGAUGGGCCGGGAGCUGGAAACUCUGCCCGCGCACUACGUGCCCAGGAAGCUCGUGGACCAGCGGGUGUUGACGGGCGAGUUUUUCUCCACUCUGGUUAAGAUUCGACAGCGAGAGAAAGAGCACGUCAAAGGUACCGGCAGCAACACAAUAAUUGUGGAGGGGAAGCCCGGAGUGGGCAAGUCAAAGAUGCUGUCACAUGUGGCGGAAAAAAUAAAAGAGAAGGUCCCUUCUUGCUGGCUAUUGAGAGUUAAUCUAUUUAAGUUUUACGCAGUUUUAGAUCACAGUAGGAAUGGUGUGAGUGCUGCAGAAGACAUCUUGAGGUGGACAGUUUUUAACGAGGGCGUUCUAGGUGAACUGGAGUACACCCUGCUUAGACACUGCCUGCUGCAGUCCACGCAAGUCGUUUGUCUCGUGGACGGCUUCGACGAGGUGUGCCCCGACUAUGUCGACAAGUGUCUCGAGGUGCUGCCUCUGCUGUCUCCACGCAAGGGAAAGCUCCUGGUGACGACGAGGCCAGAACCGGUGAAGCUCUUACAGGCUCGGAUGGGAGUGUCGCCACACACGCUGGAGCCUUUCAGUGAAUCGGAGCUAGAAUAUUUCUUCACGAGCCAUUCCUCGAAGGGAAACAUCCCAGCCAUCAGUGGUCUCAACAAGAACUUGAGGAAUCUUCUGAGGAUCCCUCUGUUUGCUGAAAUGUUUGUAAAUCUGUCGCAGGAAAUUGAUGAGACGUAUGACAUUGUGACUCUGUACGAAGCUUUCUUCCAAAAUAAAUUCAGAAGGCUGUACGAGGAAAAAUGGGGUGACAACUUUUCCGCUCCCGGGAAGAGGAGAGAGGUCGAGAAGGCGCAGCAGAAGCACGAAGAACAGCUGAUGCUCCUCGCGGCGUCGGUUCUGUUGCACAGCGCAGACGUACCGGCAAUGUCACCGUCCGAUAGGGGAGACUUCGUGAAAGCCGGAAUCGUGUACGAGUUCUCCUACAGGAAACCAGAGUUCCUGCACAGGACGUUCGCCGAACACUUCCUCGCCAAGUGGUGCUUCCUCGGAUACGGAGAUCGGAGCCGUGCAGUGGCGUACCGUAAGGCCUACCUCAACGGGAGACUGGAUUUCUUUCGAGAGUCCUUCGACCGCAGGGCAGUGAGGGGCCGGCCACUGCUGGAGGCGGUGCUGGAGGCCCUGUCGGGUGGCGACGAGGGUGAGAUGAGGGCACUGCUGGCCGGGGGCUUUGAUUGGAGGCAGACAGACGCGUGUGGGCGCAACGCGCUGCACCUGGCGGUGGCCCGCGGGUCGCUCCCUCUGCUGCAGCGACUCUGCAGACGCGCGGGGGAGGGCACACUGUCUGCAGAGGACGGCCUGCUCGGGUGGACGCCGGUGAGGUACGCCUGGGAGCGCAAAUGCUGGUCUGCUGUGGAAGUGCUGCUGAUGGCGGGAAGUGAAUUCAGCCACCUGGGGGUCGUGAAGGCAGGGCAGCACGACCCCGUACAACUGCAGGCCGCAUUCGAGCAGGGCGGAUGCCGGGCCCUGUACCAGCACAUCCUGGAGGUGAAACGUCGCGUACAGAAUGACACCUACAUCUGUAUGAUGCGAGAAGAAUUAGAGUUUGCUGUAAACCUGAUGUACGAAGAUAUACCAAGACAGUGUCUCAGUCUCAUCGCCGAAAAGGCCUGGGAGCAAGGACACGUAUGGGUGCCCAUUUUCAUUGACCCUCACAACUUCAGAACAGUAGGAGUUUUGAGGUACCUUCGCGAGAAGAGAGGAAAUGGCAGCUACAGCAGCAGCAGCCUCUGUCGUGCCACUGACGUUGCAGAUGGGUGCACCACACCCCUGCCAGAGGAUCAGGUGGGGUCUCCAGCAGGCUCCAGUGGCUGUGGGCAAGCAGCGAAGUGGCAUGAGCACUGGCUGGAUAGCGACGAGGGCACCAGGUCUGCUGCUAUGGAGUACAAGAAGGGAGCACUCACUACAGAAUUUGGAGCAUUGUACGAGAAGCGUGUGCUGGCCCUGGUCCUCCUCCGCUGCCUGAGGCGUGGGCUUCUCUUCCAGUUGUCUCCCAACAAUCGCGAUGCAGGCAGGUUCGACGAUGUGGUGCUGGUGUGGCGACGCGAGGAACAUUCUGAGGCGCACGCCCUGCUCGUCCAGGUCAAACACAAAUCCUCUGGGAGGAAGACCAUCCCCAGCCGCAUGUGGCUGACCCUGUCUCCCAGGCCUGACUUCAGUCUCAGCAAGUACUGCACUUCCUUCAGAGAAAUUAGCAAGUCACUGGUGAAGGGCAGAGUCACAUGCGUCUUGCUGACGAACGCCUGCCUCGAUGACAGUAGCCACAGCAUGUUUCAGCGCCAGGAUGUGGGCAGUGUCCCAGGUCUGGAGCUGCUAGAGGCUGGUGGUGACCUGUACAGGCUCAACCCUAAAAACGAACAGGUGUGGAAGGCAGUCCAUGAGGACAUAAGCUUUGUGGAGAAUUUCUACCUAUUGUGUAAUCAGAGGGAUUAUGUGAACAUAUUGGGCGACAUUUACAGAGAGUUGGAACAUUUGUUGGGCGCAGGUAACCUGUGAGGAUCCAUCUGGUAAGAUAUGUGUGAUGACCUCACGUCUUGGAUGAACAAAUAGUGUGUGUGUUUGACGAGUGGCUGGAGCAAUGGUUGGACACUUGUAGUUGAAUACACCAGGAAAGAGACUGAGUGAAGAAUGGUGACCACCAGACGUGAGUAUUGCAGUGUGGCUGUUCUUUCGGGUUAAAUAGAGUUCUGUAACUCAGCAAAGAUGAAGCCUCCAGAAAUGGGAACGGUGGUUCUCUCUGCUACUAAGACUCACCAAAGACUGGCUCACAAAACGCACACCUUGGUAGCUAUGGACAGGUUCUUCGCUGCUGGGUAUGAAAGAGUUAAUUUUUUGAAUUGUACAAAUUUCUUUUAUACGAUCUCAGAAAAUAUUUUGCAUCAUUAAAUUAAAAAAAAAAGAAAGAAAGAAAAAAGAGGUUGAAAUGGCUCUCAGCACU